UAUAGUCCAGACAAUGUGGCUGGAAUAGAUGGAGACAUUGACCCCACUGAAAUCACCUUUCCAGGAUGUUCUUGUCUUACCAGCUCCUGUGUGGUUCACGUGUGCUCGUGUCUUCGCCACGGUGAAAAUUACAACAGUUUGUGCCUCAGGCCUACAGACAAAGAGGAGGAGUACGCCAGACCUAUUUUUGAAUGCAAUGCCAUGUGCCAGUGUGGUGAAUCCUGCCAAAACAGGGUUGUUCAGAGGGGUUUGCAAUUCAGACUUGAGGUAUUCAAGACUGAGAAGAAAGGGUGGGGUGUUCGCACACUGGAAUUCAUCGCUAAAGGAAGAUUUGUUUGUGAAUAUGCUGGUGAAGUUUUAGGCUUCAAUGAGGCACGUAGAAGAAUUCAAGCCCAGACAUCAAAGGAUUCAAACUAUAUCAUAGCGGUGAGGGAGCACCUCCAUAACGGUCAGAUCAUGGAGACAUUUGUUGACCCCACGUACAUUGGUAACAUAGGCAGAUUCCUGAAUCAUUCUUGUGAACCGAAUUUAUUUAUGGUUCCAGUUCGAGUUGACUCCAUGGUGCCUAAACUGGCACUUUUUGCAGCUACUGAUAUUUCUGCUGGAGAGGAACUUUCAUAUGAUUAUUCUGGAAGAUUCCAUAAUUUACCAAUAACCAACAGAGAACAAAAGUCUUUAGAGGAAGAUAACAGAUUGAGAAAACCUUGCUACUGUGGUUCCCGCACAUGUGCUUCCUUCUUACCUUGGGACAGCUCCCUCUUUUCCACACCAGACACUUGUUCGGGGAGCUCUCCAGAGCUUUCAGUCCCUAAGCGCACCUAA